AUGAAUCCCAGUGCUCAGCGGAUCAACUACAGUGUCAUCAACCAGAUGGCUGAGCAAAAUCAUCAUUUUCCUUUUUCAUAUCGGUUGACCCCAAACCAAGAACCUCCUUACUCAGCCAUUGUCCAGCUUCUCCUGCACUUCCAAUGGACGUGGAUCGGCCUCCUUUCUCAGGACAAUGAAAAAGGAGAAAAAUUCAAAAGACGCUUGGAAGUUCUCACUCUUAAAAAUGGGAUUUGUGUUGUCCUCUCAGGAACUGUCCUAGAAGCAAAUAUGCAGACAAGUACUGGAGAAACUGUCAUGGAAGAAAAAAGGAAAAUGUUCUAUUCUCUUAUCAAGAGUCAAAUAAAAAUUAUAGAUUCCUCCAGUGUUUCCCAAAUAAUUCAAGUUGUGGCCUGGGUCCUCAAUGCUGCCUCUUCCUCCCAAUGGAGUAAGAGGAGAAUGCGAGCUGGAUACCAUCAGUCACUCCAGAUUGUACAGCCAUGGCAGCUUCAUAGUUUCCUGAAAAAUUUCCAAUAUCACAAUAAUUCCAGAGAUGGAAUUUCUUUUGAAGCAAAUGGAAUUCCUGUUGGUGACUUUGAUAUCAUGCAGUGGACAUCACUUUUGAACAAAUCAGAUGCGGGGGUGAAGAUUGGGAAUGUAGAAAGACAAACCUCCUCAGAAGUGAAGAUUUCUGUCAAUCAAAAUGCAGCCCUUUGUGAAAAGUGUCCAGAUGACAAGUAUUCCAAUAAGAAGCGAGAUCAGUGUGUACCCAAAACUAUAAGCUUCUUAUCCUACGACGAAUUGUUGGGAAUCAUCCUGGCUUUCUUUGCCAUUGCUUUGUCCCUAACUACCGCCUUUAUUCUGGGAAUCUUCAUUAAAUACCGAGAAACUCCCAUAGUCAAAGCUAACAACCGAGACCUCACCUACAUUCUUCUGAUCUCGCUCUUGCUUGCUUUCUUGACCCCCCUUCUGUUUAUUGGUCACCCCAAGAAAGUGACUUGCCUUCUUCGGCAAGUCACCUUCAGUUUCGUUUUCUCAGUUGCCGUCUCUUCCUUGCUGGCAAAGACGAUUAUGGUAGUAGUUGCAUUUUUGGCCACGAAGCCAGGCAGUGUCAUGAGGAAAUGGCUGGGGAAGAGUCUGGCCAACUCUAUUGUUUUAUCUUGCUCUGGUAUUCAAGUAUGCAUCUGUAUCAUGUGGCUGGCAAUCUUUCCCCCAUUCCCAGAUUCUGACUUUCAUUCCCAACCAGGACAGAUCCUGCUGCAAUGCAAUGAAGGCUCUGUCACCAUGUUCUACUCUGCUCUUGGCUACAUGGGUUUCCUGGCUGCCAUUUGCUUCUUUGUGGCAUUUCUGGCUCGAAAGCUGCCUGGUUCCUUCAAUGAAGCCAAACUGAUCACCUUCAGCAUGUUGGUUUUUUGCAGUGUUUGGAUCUCCUUUGUCCCCACCUACCUGAGCACCAAGGGGAAAUAUAUGGUGGCUGUGCAGAUCUUCUCCAUCCUGGCCUCCAGCUUGGGUUUACUGGGCUGCAUCUUUAUCCCCAAAUGCUACAUUAUAAUCCUGAGACCUGCUCUGAACACCAAAGAACAUCUGAUGAUGAAAAUUCACUAG